GCAAGUUCAGAAGAAGUGUAAGCAAGUGUGAAUGAGCAUGAUGAUACGUUUGGUGGUCUGGGCGGUUACCCUAAGCGUAAUAACUGGCAAAGAGAACCAAACAAACAGGUACCUCAUGGCAGCUUGCAAGGAUGAUAUCAAAUUGCCAUGUGAUGCCCUUCAAAACAGUCAAAAUUUCACCUCUGUUACUUGGUACAAGGUCCACAAUGCAACCCACUCUUCUGUCCUCAUUAAUGAAAAAAAUAUAUUCACCCCGACUGACAAAAAACACGAUUCUGUUUCACUGGGUAACAAUGCAUCUUUGAUCUUGUGGAAAGCUGCUCCUGCAAAUUCUGGGACCUUUGAGUGUUGCCUUCACGGAAAGGUUGGAUACAAAAAUAGUAACUCUUACAUUACAAUAAAUAUUUCAGAUUGUUUGUCAACAACUUUACCUUACUUUGAGUUCUCCACCCAGUUCACUAAUAGCACUAAUUUAAUAAUGAAUAUGAGCAACCCAUUGACUCAUGUGGAUAAGAAUGCAGAUAUUUUUAUCAUGUUGGCUUACUUAGGAGUGGCUUUGAGUAAACUACUCCUCAGUGUCUUAUGUAUUUGGGUGUUCAGGCAGCACAGCGAACGUAGAAGAAGACAAAGAGAACACAUUUAUGACUUUUGACACUUACGUUGUGUAAAUAACAAACAUGUGACCUGUAAAAUAAAACUGUAAAUAGACUUUGCAUUUUAAAUUUGUCACAUAUUACAAAUUAUAUUAACUGUAUAGCUUAAGCUAAGUUAUUAUUUUUGAAAUUUUAUUGGACAUUUACAUUUCCUUUUCACAUUCUGUUGCCUGUGUAUUAAUAUUUUUGAAUGUUACUUUGACUGCAUACUAUGAAUACAUUGUGGUAUGUAUUGUGUUUGCAUGUGCACUAAGUAAUAAUUUAAAGUGUAUCUUAUAAUUGGCAAAGUUGGCAACUUGUUUUUGACAAGAUAUCCAAGCGCACAAAGCACUUAAGUUGUUGACCAACAGAUGGCAGUAAAUGAAUAAGGCAAGACCUUCACGUCGAAACAUUUAAUAGCGCCCUCUUGUGUUUAAUGCUUGUGGAGACAACAAACGUAAGAUUCAAAAGGUAAGUCGGAAAUUCGCACCUGUCUGCGUGUUGCAGUACCAACUUCUGGGUCAGAAAGGUUUUAUGUUCGACUGACGUAGAAAGACAUUUUUCCGUUUAGUAUGACGUUUUUAUACAUGGCCUUGGUUUCUUAAAGAGAUAAAGGAAAAGUCUUUCUGUAGAGAUGUUCUGUGGGUAUUUCUUUGUUUGAAGCCUUAGCAGCAAAGCAUGCGUGUUUGGUUCACAAAAAUCUGUAGUUUAAAUGCACUGUUAGUCAUUUAGGAUAAAAGAUCAUGGAUGUCUACCAAGUGCAUACAUACAAUGUAAAGAAAAGUAGGAAAAUAGUAGAAAAAAUGACUUUAUAUAUAUAUUUUUUCUAAUUAACACAAAUAAGAUGUUUUUAAGAAUUAAGGACAGCAAACAAUUCUGGGGCACGUUUGACUACCAUUUCAUUUUUUUAUCCUACUAUAGUAAUCAAUGGGGGGCAAAAUCUGUUUAAAAGCAUUCUUCCAAAUAUCUUUAUCUGUGUUCAUCAGAACAAAUAAAUGUAUACAGAUUUGGAACAACUUGAAGGUGAGUAAAAGAUGACAGAAUUUUCCUUUUUGGGUGAAGUAUCUCUUUAAAGGAGAGUUUAUGAUCACGUUGUGAGUUUUCUGUUUUUCAGACAGCUACAUGGGGUCCCUAGUAAAGAGAGAAAAUAAUGAUUCAUUGAUUAUUCAUCUGCAUUCUCCGAUGUUCUGUGUCCUGUUGAGAAGUUCUGAGAGCACAGUCAUAGGAUUUCUGCCAGCUCGUGUAUUCAGUAAUGUUGCUGAUGUGUGUAAAAAAAUAAUGACUUUACCCCUGCUAUGCAAUGGAGGUGGUGUUGUUUGUGUGUGUUGGGGGAUUAAAGCAAAUGCAAAACAAAAAAAAUGUAAAACAAUUCAGCCACAACUAUAUAUUAUUAUGCUAUUCUUGGCACCUGGGGUAUUUAGUCUUGCAUUUACUAAUGAGUUUGUACAAAAGCGUAAGAUGCAUAUUAUACAUGCAAAACUUUAACACAUUACAGAAAUAAUUGGAUGUAACAUACCCAUUUUGUAUGGUCUCUAUGGUCUCUUUGCUUUCACUCCCUGGUCUUGGUAGAGCAUCUUUCUAGUAAAGGCAAGGUGAACAUAUGCUGAUAUAUGUAUUCCAUGAAUUCACUGUGAUCUUACAGGACUGACAAGGUCAAGGAUCUUUAGGGCUUUAUGCAAAAGAGAAAAGGUCAAUGGUUUUAUCAUGUCUCUAGAUAUUUUGCAACCCCCUUUCAUUGCAAUUGUAUUAUAUUCAUUUAAUAAAGUUAAUUU